CCCCCAGUCCGCCAGCUGAUCAAAUCCCAGCGGGUGCAAAAUAAACUGGGGAUCGUCUUUGAGAAAGAGAAGGACAAGACGCAGCGGAAGGACUUCGUCUUCGUCAGCGCCAGGAAACGAGAGGCCUUCUGCCAACUACUGCAGCUGAUGAAGAACCGGCACUCCAGCCAGGACGAGCCGGACAUGAUCUCGGUCUUCAUUGGCACCUGGAACAUGGGCAGCGUCCCGCCGUCCAAGAACAUCUCCUCCUGGUUUGCCUCGAAGGGGCUGGGCAAGACCCUGGACGAGAUGACCGUCUCCAUCCCGCACGACAUCUACGUCUUCGGCACCCAAGAGAACUCCCAGGGGGACAAGGAAUGGGUGGACGCCACGCGCAGCGCCCUCAAGGACUUCACGGAGAUCGAGUACCGGCUGGUGGGUGCGCAG